GGCUCGGUAGUUCUUUCAGACAGAGGUAGUGAUCGGGUGUAGUUAGUGUGGUUGAGUUUGUGCGUGUUCAAGGGUUUGAGUAAAUUUGUGUGCACCAUGAGCUGGCAGGAUUAUGUAGACAAGCAGUUGCUGGCUUCUAAAUGUGUUACUAAAGCAGCAAUUGCUGGACAUGACGGAAAUGUUUGGGCGAAAUCGGAAGGAUUUGAAGUAUCGAAAGAAGAAAUUGCAAAGUUGGUGCAAGGUUUUGAGAAACAAGAUAUCUUGACGUCUUCUGGUGUCACGUUGGCUGGCAACAGAUAUAUUUACCUGUCUGGAACUGAUAGAGUUGUUAGGGCAAAGCUUGGAAAGGUUGGUGUGCAUUGCAUGAAGACACAGCAAGCUGUUGUAGUUUCACUAUAUGAGGAUCCCAUCCAACCACAACAGGCAGCCUCUGUUGUGGAAAAAUUAGGGGAUUACUUAGUGUCCUGUGGAUACUAGAGGUAUAAUAGACUGUUCUCAUGUGGUGAUAUGAAGAAGCAGCAGCAACAACAGAGAUGGUCGUUUUUUUCUAUACAGCGAACUGUAAUGUGCAUCAUGGUUCUGGCUAAUAAUUCAGUUUGAGUUUAAACUCAUAUGGUGAAAAUCUUGAACUGCAUUUUUCUUUUCUCAGUACCUUGUGUCCGGAUGUUUGUGGCAAGUAUUGCUUCAGUUUGCGAAUGAGGCAUUGAGCAUAUCAUGGGCUCUUGGAAGUGGACAAAUUGUUGGCAACGUUCUCCAAAGUACACUUUGGCUAGUAAUCCAAGGUGUACCUCGAAGUUCGCCUGGAAUGAAAAUUGAAGAAUUGUAGCUGAUACUAGUAUGACCAUUGCAUUUGAUACUGAGUCAUUAGGAUUUUUAUAAUCUCUAGUCCUGCUCUUUCUACCCCAUAUCUUUCCCUUUGCCGUGUGAAAUUUUGUUGAAAAUUAAUUUAUUGGCGAAGUCUUCAAUGCUUUAGAACCCAGUGUACUCCUUCCUUGUCUAUAUGUAUCACAACCAAUAAAGUCGGAAGCUUGAAUGACAAAUAUUGGUGGAGCUCAGAAGGAGGGCUAGCGCAGUGUGCGUAGUGUCUCCUGCCUGCACUGUGAUUGUGGUGUAAUUUUAAGAUGGUUUGCAGACUAUAAAUAUAAUGGAUAAAAGCUCGUUUUAGUGCUAUGUUGCUGAAAGGAUUUGUGGUGGCUUUGAUUUUUACUACGGUCUAAUUUAAACAAUAAUUAGCUUUGUAAAAGAAUUGAAUAUGGAAUUUGAGAAAUUUACCAAAAUCAAAUUUGUAUAAAAGUAUGGCAUAGUCAGUUGAAUGACUUUUACUGCAACUUUGUGUUGAAGUAAAAGUUAUUCAGCUAAUGUGAAAACUGGGGGAAUAUGAAUUUUACAGUAAUCUUUUUUAUGUAAAGCGUUAGUGUAGCAAAGUUUAUAUAUCUUGUUUCCUAUAAUUUAAAGAGAUAUUUUUGUCCGUAAAAUGGAAUUAUCUUGGCCCCGGCCUUUUGUGCUCUACUUCAGGGGGCGAGAGCAAUUGUGUGCCAAUUGUAUACCAACUUCAGGUUAGUCUCCUGCUGGAUUUAUACAUUUUGUACUGAUUUUAAUGACCACUGUAUUCCAGUAUUUUUCGUUAUUCUUAUGAAUUGUACUGUUCCCCUUCAGGGCCCCCAAUAAAAAUUAAUCAAAAA